AUGGUAGUCACGGGUGUUUCCGGGAGUGAAAGUAUACAAAGAUGUGAGGAUGAGCCAAUACACAUACCCAGAGCAGUCCAAGGGUUUGGUGUGUUAAUAGCCCUUAAAGGAGGUAUGGAGGGAGGGCUUGAUGUAAAGAUUGUUAGUGAGAAUUCUGAGCAAAUAAUUGGCUACUCCCCAGCAGCACUCUUCGCAUUAGGCAGCUUCUGCAAUAUUCUUUCCGAAGAGCAGGCCGAGAACCUAUAUGAACACUUGGACUUUGAGACUUUUGAAUUGGAGGGCAAUCACAUCUACCCACUUUUUAGUCCAGCAGAAGAGGAAACACCCCCGCCGCCUGAGGACACAUUGAACUCAAACCCUAGUGAACAAGAUUUAUUAGAAAGUACUUUAAGUGCUAGCAGGCCACUGCGAGUACUAAUGCAUGCCCGAAAGCGGAGAGGACAAGCAGCAGUAAUGGAGGUUUUUAAUCUCAUGAGCCAGUUUCAGGAGCAGUUAUCAUCUGCCUCGACUCUUGCAGUUACAGAGCUAGUCGAUCCAAGAGCAACCAAGGACCUAUACAAAAGUCUUCGCUUUCCGGCCUCGGACAUCCCGAAGCAAGCAAGGGAUUUAUAUCUCCUCAACAAAGUCAGGCUGUUAUACGACAGAGACCAGGUGACUGCUCGUCUUGUAUGCAAGAGUAAAGACUAUCUAGACCAUCCCCUCGACAUGACACAUUCAUAUCUGAGGGCAAUCAGCCCAAUUCACAUCAAGUACCUUAAAAAUAUGGCGGUACGGGCAAGCACAAGCGUUUCACUCACAGAAUUUGACAAGCUUUGGGGGCUCAUUUCAUGCCACAGCUACGGCCAGAAGGGGAUGAGAGUGAGCUUUCCCUUACGGAAAAUGCGCAGACUUAUCGGGGAAACCGCUAGCAAGAAUAUCGAGAGGUUAAGUUAUGCAUCGAGACUUCAGACCCGGAAAUUGAUCAAUACAGUCCCGACAGAGCAGAACCCUAGCGGUUAUAUUAUCGCUAGUUCGGAUGAUCUGUUGAAACCAUUUGACGUCGACUUUGGUUUACUUUCUAUUCGUGAGGAAACUAAGGUCCUCGGUAAACUCGAACAUUCACGGGAAUCAUUCGCAAUGUUGGAAUAUUUACGGAUGCGCAAAUUCACUUCGGUCCUUACUUCACAAAACCUUAGCGUCGAUUUUCCAGACCUCAAUUACGAGCCCGGAUUUUCAAUAAUUGCGGGAUUGUUGCUUGUGCCACUUAGUGUUGGAGGACAAGAUUUUAUAGUUUUCUUCCGUAAGGGCCAGCUGUGGAAAGUCAAUUGGGCUGGAAACCCCUACGAGAAGAGCGUGAAAGAGGGCACAAAGGAGUACCUGGAACCGAGGGAAAGCUUCAAGACUUGGAGUGAGACGGUGACUAAAUUUUUUAUUGAAGUUUGGAGACAAAAGGAGACAGCACUGCAAAACAGUCAACUUACCCGACUGCUUUUCGCCAAUGCGUCUCAUGAAGUCCGGACACCGCUUGGUGCCAUUAUUAACUACCUUGAGAUCGCGUUGGAGAGCCCUCUUGACAAUGAGACAAGGGAUAAUCUGAUGAGACCGCACUCUGCGUCCAAAUCACUUAUUUACUAUGAAAUUUUGGUGGCAGAAGACAAUCCAAUCAAUAGCAAGAUGGGUCAUGGGGUCGUUCUCACUGUAAAUGGAGAAGAAUGUGCGGACCUAUACUCCAAGCAUGGCCAAAAUUUUGAUAUCGUGUUGAUGGACAUACAGGCAAGUUUGUUUGAUUUUCGAAGUUCAAUGCCCAUCAUGGAUGGGGGAACCUCAGCCACUCGUAUCCGUCAAUUUGAAGGGGCUGAUUCAGACCAAUGUAUCCCGACAAGGCACCGUAUUAAUCGCCGUGUACCGAUAUUUGCUGUCUCAGCUUCACUGGCUGAGGAGAGGCGAGCAGAAUAUAUUGACUUUGGCUUCGAUGGGUGGAUACUGAAACCCGUCAACUUCGGGAGGCUAAAGCUACUUCUAGACGGCAUCCGGGAUCCAGCCGUAAGGGCGAGAAAUGCCUACGAGCCAGGGCAUUGGGAGCAAGGAGGAUGGCUUUCCGGAACCCCUAAGGAUACCAAGCUCUUAUCGCCGAAGCACGGAUAUAUAUCCCCGGCAGCUCUGAAAGCUGAGGAUAAAGACCAGGAUGGAAUUUGAUUGUCCGAACCUAUUUACCGGGCUUUUGCCUUCUCGAUUCUUGUCGCGAUCGCACCACUGAUCUGUCUUGGGUAGUUUCUCGGCGUCGUGGUGGGUAAUACCCAAAAGGUAUCGGAGCGUGUCCAGAAGAGUGAAUACGUAUGGUACCACCCUGAGCCAAUCUGUUCUCAUAUGCCCCCCCCGCCAUCCUAAAUCUAUUUGCCCCGGGGAUUUC